AGGAAGCGUGUCUGCCAUUUAGCCAAACAACCUUUAAUUCAUUGAGCUCAAAGCUUAGCAGCUUCACAGAGUUGUCAGGAGUAAACAGCUUGCAAAUUUCAUCCCCCCCCCCCCACUUCACUUUUGAACUGAAUUUGGGCAACAGAGAUGAAGACCGCAUGUAGAGAGAGCAGGAAUCUCGGUGAUUAGACGCAUGGGAAGGAAACUUGCAAGAAGCUGGUGAGUUCGAGAAAGAAAGGCUCAGGAGGGGCGUGAACCCCGAAUGACUGCGGGUCCCUAAAAGUAGUUGUGUUUUUCAGGUUUUCCAAAGCACUUAUCAUUCAAGUUGAAUAAACCAGUUCUACAGUCUACUUCCUCAGUGUACUUCCCAAGAUGACCACUGCCCCGGAAAUCCAUUCAGACCUGGACAUCCAUCUAUAUGUGAAAACAGUAUAGUUUUCUUGAAAUACAGCCACGAAGGGAGGCUAGCACUUGGCAAGAAACCCACUGGCUCACUUGGUUAUGGAGAUGGUGUAUUUGCUGCUGAAAAUGUGUCCAGUUUUUUGACAACGGCUAACUCGCCAUGGGGUCCAGCAGCCUCGGGAAAGCGGCUACGCUGGAUGAGCUGCUGAGCACUUGUGUCGAGAUGUUUGAUGACAAUGGAGAACUGAAUAAUAGUUAUUUGCCAAGAAUAGUCCUACUGAUGCACCGGUGGUAUUUAUCAUCCACUGAACUUGCAGAAAAACUUCUCUGCAUGUAUCGAAAUGCCAGUGGAGAAAAUUGCAAUGAGUUUCGACUAAAGAUCUGUUACUUCAUGAGGUACUGGAUCUUGAAGUUUCCUGCAGAGUUUAAUUUGGAUCUUGGUUUGAUUCGUAUGACGGAGGAAUUCCGGGAGGUAGCUAGUCAGCUGGGGUAUGACGGGCACAUCAGCCUCAUGGACAUAUCCAGCGUUCCUUCCUAUGACUGGAUGAGAAGAGUCACACAGAGGAAAAGAGUGUCCAAGAAAGGAAAGGCCUGCCUGCUGUUUGACCAUCUGGAGCCCAUCGAAUUGGCCGAGCACCUCACUUUUCUGGAGCAUAAGUCUUUUAGAAGGAUCUCAUUUACUGAUUACCACAGCUACGUCAUCCACGGCUGCCUGGAGAAUAACCCGACCCUGGAGAGAUCCAUUGCUCUGUUCAACGGGAUCUCUAAGUGGGUCCAGCUGAUGGUGCUGAGCAAGCCGACGCCCCCGCAAAGAGCCGAGGUCAUCACAAAGUUCAUCAACGUUGCGCAGAAACUCCUUCAGCUCAAAAAUUUUAAUACCUUGAUGGCCGUGGUGGGAGGUCUUAGCCAUAGCUCCAUUUCACGCCUCAAAGAGACGCAUUCUCACCUUUCUUCAGAAGUUACAAAGGACUGGAAUGAAAUGACUGAGCUGGUCUCCUCCAGUGGCAAUUACUGCAAUUACCGCAAGGCCUUUGCCGACUGUGAUGGCUUCAAAAUCCCCAUCCUUGGCGUACACUUGAAAGACUUGAUAGCGGUCCAUGUCAUCUUCCCAGACUGGAUGGAAGAGAACAAAGUGAACAUUGUGAAGAUGCACCAGCUCUCCGUUACCCUGAGCGAGCUGGUCUCUCUGCAGAAUGCCUCCCACCACUUGGAACCCAACAUGGAUCUGAUCAACCUGCUCACGCUCUCUCUGGACCUCUACCACACAGAAGACGACAUUUACAAACUGUCAUUGGUUCUGGAGCCCAGAAACUCUAAAUCGCAGCCUACCUCACCCACAACACCCACCAAGCCCGUGGUGCCCAUGGAAUGGACUUCAGGGGUGAUGCUCAAGCCAGACCCCACAGUCAUCAACAAGCACAUCAGGAAGCUGGUUGAGUCUGUGUUUAGAAACUACGAUCAUGACCAUGACGGGCACAUCUCCCAGGAGGACUUUGAGAGUAUAGCGGCCAAUUUCCCCUUCCUGGAUUCCUUCUGUGUACUGGACAAAGAUCAGGAUGGCUUGAUUACUAAAGAGGAAAUGAUGGCUUACUUCCUAAGAGCCAAGUCGCAGCUGCAUUGUAAAAUGGGACCAGGAUUUGUUCACAACUUCCAGGAAAUGACCUACCUCAAGCCAACCUUCUGCGAACACUGUGCGGGUUUUCUCUGGGGCAUCAUCAAGCAAGGAUACAGAUGCAAAGACUGCGGAGCAAAUUGUCACAAGCAAUGCAAAGACCUCCUGGUUCUGGCUUGCAGGAGAUUUGCCCGGGCAGCCUCACUGGGCAGUAGUCAUGGGUCACUCCCUGGAAGUCCGGCAUUACCCGCAGCGCAGGACCAGGUGUUCGAGUUUCCUGGGGUCACUGCGGAACCCCGAGACCUGGACAGCAGAGCCAUCACACUGGUCACAGGCUCUUCUCGCAAGAUCUCCGUGAGGCUGCAGCGAGCCACCACCAGCCAGGCCACCCAGACGGAGCCUGUGUGGUCAGAGGCCGGCUGGGGCGACUCAGGGUCCCACACCUUCCCCAAAAUGAAAUCCAAGUUCCAUGACCAAGCGUCAAAGGACAAAGGCUUUGCCAAGUGGGAAAAUGAGAAGCCCAGGGUGCAGGCCGCUGUGGAUGUUGUCGACCGAGGCACCACGUUCAAACCUGACCAGGACGAGGAGAGUAGACAGGAUGGUGAGGAUGGCUGACUCCAGGCCGAGGCGGCUGAAGGCAAUCGUGCUGGCUUCGGGAAGGAGCGAGAGGAGAACCUCCAGCGCACCCCUUGCUCAGGAGGUGCUCUGGAAAGAGAGCCGUAGGCUCACUGCCGUAUGCUGUGUGGACUCUGCACGGACUGUACCGCAGGGGAAUGACUCUGAACAUCAACUAUUUAUUUCCUCCUCCCCUGCCCCGCACUAGGCGUCACAAAGGCCAUUACGUAGUCAGUAGUUUCUCACGUAACCUUCUGUGCAGACAUUGAUGUAUGAGUGUUACAAAAGCUUCUGUUCAUGUACUUGAGGCCCGUUCUUCUAAACUUGGACAUGGAUAUAUAUAUAUAUUUUUUUGGUGAGAAUACUAUUUUAGCAUUUUUAUAAAUUCUUGUGUUAUACGUAGUUGAUUGCAUACUCUUUUUGUGUGCUUUUUAGAUGGGACCAGGACUCUGAGGUUCUCGGCGGGGUCCAGGAAGCUCUUCAGAUCCUGAAAAGCUGAGAAUCUUAUCGUGAUGAUCAGCUGCGGGAGAAGCUUGCUAUCACACAGUUGUUGUAUGAGUCCCACGUGUAUAGAUCACCUAAUCUUAUGGAUUCUGGAUCUCUAAGGGGCUGUGGAUUAGCCAUAAAAGCUCUCUUAAUAUUCAUAAUAGCCUUGGCUGGGGAGAUGGUUCAGUGGUUAGAGGCUCUUGCUUGCAAAGCCUGAUGGCCUGGGUUUGAUUUCCCAGUACCCAUGUAAAGCCAGAUGCACAAAGAGGCAAUGCAUCUGGAGUUCAGACACAAUGGCAGCAGCCCCUGGUACACCCUACUCACUCUCUCUGCCUCUUUCUCUCCCUCGCUCCCUCCUUAUCUCCCAAAUCAAUACAUAAAAUAGUUUUUAAAAUUAGCAGAAAGACCAUUGAGCCACUGGGUGAGAUGUAAAACAACCACUUUUUAAAAGCCUAAGGUAAUCUUAAUAAUUUUGUUUAAGAUUGCUUUUUCUAGAAUAUGGCUCUUGUGGUCUUUGUGAUAAUAAACUGUUGUACAUAACUAAAGAAUAUUCAGAGAGAAAACCAUCAAAAAUCACCUUUGAUUCACAGUACAUUUAAAUUUUUAAAAAUAUUAAUAAUUUAAAUAUCUUCCUUUGGCCCCAAAUAACUAGAUGUGGGUUUAUGUCUUAAAAUGAUGAAAGGAAAGAGAAGUAGAGUCAAGAUGUGCAAAACUAGAGCUGGGGCCAGGCUUUUGCUAAAUGCCUGGUCAUGCCUAAUUGGGAGGUAGAUAGGAGGAGCAAGUGUGAGGCUGGCCUUGACCACGUAGCGAGGUCCUGUCUCAAGAAAUCCAGCACAUAUUAAGCUGGACAUAGUGGUACACACUUUUAAUCCCAACACUUGGGAGGCGUAGGUGGCUCAUCCCACCAAAAGCUAUGAGGAAAGAUAGACAAAACAUGCAAAUAUUUACAAGUUGUAUUAAUAACACAGAGCUGAUUCAUUUAAUAAAGAGCUACAAAUACAUAUGAAAUUCAACAUCAUCUGAAAACCUAAUCAAAAUCCUAUGGCUGGGGAGGUCAUAACCCACAGGGGGAAAGUACUACUGUUCUCUGGCUAAAUGCAUAUAUUAUGCCCCACCCCAAAGUGCCUUCUAAAUGCUUAUGUUUAUGUCUAUAUGUUAAUGCUAUGCUCACUUUUGGUUAGAGAAACGUCUCUUUUUCAGAUGGCUGUGCCAAACUCAGGAAACUCAAAAUUUCACCAAAGUGCUGAAAAGGAAUGACAGUAACGUGCUCAGCACUGAGACACUAUUAUCACACCCUCCAAGGCUCAGGGACCAUUGUCGAAGAGGUGGCCAAAAGAAUGUAAGAGCCAAAGGAAAGGGAAGAUGGCUUACAGUACUGUCUUCCAGACACAAAGUGGCCUGAAUGUUCAUGCUCUCACCAUACCUGAUGCUACCUACGUCAGACCUAUACAAUAAGAGGGGAAAAAAUGAGGACCACCAAAUAGAAGAGAGACUAACUGGAAAGAACGGAUUCAGUGGAAGGGAGAUAUGGGAGGGAGAAGCUGGGCUGGUGGAAGGGACUUAUGGUCAUGGCAUAUUGUCUGUAUUUAUGGAAGUUGUCAAUAAAAUGUUUUUAAGAAAGAAAUUUAAGCUGGAUGGAUGGAUUAGUGGUUAAGAUGCCU